AUGUCAAGUGGAGAUGGCCAGCAGUCACAGGCUUUUACCAAGCCCACUUUUACUGAGGCACAAGCCUCUGCACUGGUAGAAUCAGUAUUUGGGUUCAAAGUUUCUAAGAUCCAACCACUCUCUAGCUAUGACGACCAAAACUUUCAUGUUCACAUUUCAAGAAGCAAAGAGACUACAGAUGACCCAGUUGACUAUGUCCUCAAAAUAAGCAAUAUGGAGUCUAGUCGAACUCCAGACCUGAUUGAAAUGCAGAACCAUGUCAUCAUGUUUUUGAGAGCAGCUGGAUUUCCAACAGCCUCUGUGUGCCGAACCAAAGGGGACAACACCAUCUCUCUCAUAUCCAUUGAUAGAGGAUCUGAAAUCAAAAGCUACUUGGUAAGAAUGCUCACUUACCUCCCAGGAAGACCAGUAACUGAGGUUGCCAUCAGCCACCAGCAAUUAUAUGAAAUAGGAAGGCUGGCUGCCCAACUGGAUAAAGCCCUGAAGGAGUUCCAUCAUCCAAAGUUAAGUCUUCUUCAUCGGGAGAACUUCAUCUGGAAUCUGAAAAAUGUUCCUCUUCUAGAGAAAUACAUAGGUGCCCUGAGCCAAGGUCGAAACCGGGAGAUUAUUGAACAGGUAAUUCAGCUGUUCAAGGAAGAAGUAAUGACCAAAUUAAGUCAUUUUCGAGAAUGUAUUAAUCAUGGUGAUCUUAGUGACCAUAACAUUUUAGUCAGCAAGUCAGCCUCUGGAGAUGCUGUGUAUCAAGUCUCUGGGAUUUUAGACUUUGGUGACAUGAGCUAUGGCUACUAUGUGUUUGAAGCGGCAAUCACCAUCAUGUACAUGAUGAUCGAAAGCACAAACCCUAUACAAGUAGGAGGUCACAUCCUCGCAGGGUUUGAAAGUGUGAUCCCCCUGACCCCUGUAGAGAGGGGUGCUUUGUUUUUACUUGUGUGCAGUCGUUUUUGCCAGUCUCUUGUCAUGGCUGCAUACUCCUGCCAGCUGUACCCAGAGAACAAAGAGUACCUCAUGAUUACAGCGAAAACAGAAUGGAAACAUUUACAGCAGAUGUUUGACAUGGGUCAGAAGGCUGUAGAAGAGAUCUGGUUUGAAACUGCCAAGUCCUAG